UCGCGCGGUGCGAGCAGUGCCAAGCAGCGGGGCAGCAGGAGACAGGCACAUCGAAGAAGGCAGUGCAGCGCCAUCUCUCGUCCAGCGACAGAGCUGCGGAGUUUUUAUUCCGACUCGGGCCGCCGACACCGGGACCCAUUCGAACCACCGACGCCGUCUCAUAGAAACCGUUCCCCGCCAGCAACAGCAGCCAUCGCCAUGUUGAACGCCCGCGCCUGGGCCAUCGCCCUGCUCGCGCUGCUUGUGCUGAGCGUCACCUCAGCUGCCAAGGGCACGCCCCAGUUCGUGCCCAACGGACGGUACGGUCGCCGGAGCGUCACGCCGCCUCUCGCUGGUGUAUCCAGAGACCUGACGGUGAACUUCUUCGGCGACUCGAGCAUAUCCUGCACCUACACGGGAUUCGCGGACAUCUACAGGUGUUCCAGGAAAGCUUCCGAGGAUUACAAGGACACGUCGUUCGAAUGAAAGCGACCACCGGCCGACCCCUCCAGCGGCGGUGACAUCCGACUUCUCCACGAUCUUGCUCGCUACAAUGAAAAAGCGCAAGAAGACAUGACGAAGGAAAAUGGCAGCACACCUGAAUUUUUUUUUUUUCGACAGAUCCCGCCGACUUUCCUUUAGCUAAGACAACGUAUAUACUAAACCACGAGGUGCUAAGCGAUGAGACAUCCUGUUAAGAAAAAACAAGUACAUUCGUUCCUCCUGGCCUAUUUGUAAAACGAGGCAAUACCCAAUACGCUCGACUGUGAGAAUUUAUUCCGAGCUCGCGAACAAUGAAAAGUGGAGGAUAUGUCUGCCAACAAGUAAUAUAAUGCGCAUAAUGAAAGUAUCGCGGGCUCAUUUCUGAGACCGUCCCUGCCCCAUUUACUUCAUUUUCGAUUCGACACCCUCCCUCCCCCUUCCAUCCUGUGCUGAAAUAAACGACUAUGAAUUCACGUUUGACGCGAGGUUUGUCAUCGGCUUCUUGAUUGCUUGUAUUACACCCUAUAGCGUCUCAUAGUACAGAGCCGAUGCUACUGUGAUCCAAUGACUUCCCCGGACGAGCGAAGGAGCUGGCCGGCAAAAGCUCGCAAAAUGGCUGCACUGCGUCCUCUUGAAUACUGUUUGGCAGAGUAACAUACAUAUUAUAUAUAUAUAUAUAUAUAUAUAUAUAUAUAUAUAUAUAUAUAUAUAUAUAGUCGAUUUAAAGUCUCCAUACAAUUGUUUCAUGCAAAUUUGGCUCUGCUCGUUUCGCAGUGAGUGUUCCGCUUGCCUCCAAGCGUGUCCCGCUUUGUUCCUGAAUUGGGCCCUCUUUACCAGGGAAUUAUACCGGAGUUAUUUCGUCCAAGCAAGCGCGCCUUAGUCAUCCAAGCCUUUCAGGCGCUUUUCGUAAUCCUCUUAGAAAACGCGUCGAAUUAUCGCCGCAAACCUAUAUAGGCGGGCUGAGGACGCGUCCAGCUGUAAAGCGUAACUAUCUCGAACGUCCGGAUUAUAGCCGCGCUACGGCCGUUAACAUUUGAAAAUUGAGAGCGAACUCUGUAGUCUCUAGAGUUUAUAAGUUUCUUACCUGAGCUCGCCGAAUAUAGUGUUAAUAAAGCUUUACAUCAACACCACCGGCCCAUACCGACUCUUAAUGAACGUAUCUUAGGACUUUGUUCUUUCACGGGAUAGCUGGUAAUUUCUCGAACGCUCGGCGCUUUUCCAGCGAUGAUGUGCAGUAUCGCAUUACUCAGACUAUACGUAUAUCCCCAAGAUUUUAAAUUCAGACAAGAGAGUUUUUGAUUUGCAUGUGAGAGGAUUGUAAAAAGAAUAUACGCGCGCGUGGUGGUUCGGUGAUCACAGCGUCCUUAUUCUGCACAACCUCCCUCAUUCCGUGGAGAACUGCCCUUCCGUUACCCAGCGGCUCUCCGUCGUCACUCGAUUCCCCAUUGGCAUUCUCAUAAACUUAACCUGCGACCCAUGCGUUUUGCUUAACAUUGCUUUUUUUUUGUCCAGCUAUCUCGCGCAAAGCACAAGAUACAGGUUCGAGGACUCUUUGACCACGCGUCAAACGUGAAUGCGAAUGAAUACUUAGUAUCGCCGACAAGCUUUAUUAUAGAGCAAAACGAAAUAACCCCAAGUCCCUGUGUGCGAUGAGCCCCACUUUGUAUCUUUCCUCUGUAGUCAGGGCGCACAACCUGCGAGACAAUCCCCUAAGAAGCGGCUUCUCCGAAACAUGACGGCAUCCUUAUCUUCUUGUGCUGGGACACCGUUCAAGCUGGAUAAUAUUCUGUAUUAAAUAAAGGUGACGCAUAUAUUCCA